CGGCGCAAAACGGCAGCGGCGCAAAGGCAAGGCCGAAACCGCGUCGGCUCACGGAGUCCACCACCAGUCUCCUCCCCUCCUCCUUCUCCUCCUACCCCCGCCUCCAAGGCCCCUCCGCCCGCCCGCCGACCUGGUCCGCUGGUCCGGGGUGCUCUGUCCGGCACGAAUCCAUCGGCGCUUGUUGCGGGAAUGCGGGGAGUUCAUUGGUGAGCCGCUAUGGGUUGCUUCCCGUGCUUCGAUUCGGGCUCCGACGGGGAGCUGCUCUACCCCAAGCAGGGCGGCGGAGGCGGCGGAAAUGGCACGGGCGGACGGACUGCGGCCGCGGCAUCGUCCUCCGGCGUCGGCGCCCGCGAGGAGAGACCCAUGGUCCCGCCGCGCGUCGAGAAGCUCCCCGCAGGGGCUGAGAAGGCAAGGGCAAAAGGCAAUGCCGGAAUGAAGGAGCUUUCAGAUCUCAGGGAUGCCAAUGGCAAUGUCCUCUCUGCGCAGACGUUCACCUUCCGCCAGCUUACAGCUGCCACGAGGAACUUCAGGGAGGAAUGCUUCAUUGGGGAGGGAGGGUUCGGACGUGUUUACAAGGGCCGUCUUGAUGGAGGCCAGGUUGUUGCUAUAAAGCAGCUCAAUAGGGAUGGAAACCAAGGAAACAAAGAAUUUCUGGUGGAGGUCCUUAUGCUCAGUUUGCUGCAUCAUCAAAACCUUGUUAAUUUGGUUGGUUAUUGCGCUGAUGGAGAGCAACGCCUUCUGGUGUAUGAGUAUAUGCCCCUUGGAUCAUUGGAAGACCAUCUCCAUGAUCUCCCUCCUGAUAAGGAACCGUUGGACUGGAACACUAGGAUGAAAAUUGCAGCUGGUGCUGCUAAAGGGUUGGAAUACCUCCAUGACAAGGCACAACCACCAGUUAUAUAUAGAGACUUCAAGUCAUCAAAUAUUCUAUUGGGUGAUGAUUUCCAUCCAAAGCUGUCAGACUUUGGUCUCGCUAAAUUGGGUCCUGUUGGUGACAAGUCUCAUGUCUCUACACGUGUGAUGGGAACAUACGGCUAUUGUGCUCCAGAAUAUGCUAUGACAGGGCAACUUACAGUCAAGUCAGAUGUCUAUAGCUUUGGAGUGGUGUUGCUUGAGUUGAUUACUGGCCGGAAGGCCAUUGACAGCACCAGACCUCAUGGGGAACAAAACCUCGUGUCAUGGGCACGCCCUCUUUUCAAUGACAGGCGGAAGCUCCCAAAGAUGGCUGAUCCAGGGCUGCAGGGACGAUAUCCCAUGCGUGGGCUCUACCAAGCCCUCGCUGUGGCGUCAAUGUGUAUUCAGUCAGAGGCUGCUUCGCGACCACUUAUCGCUGAUGUUGUGACUGCUCUUUCCUACUUGGCGUCCCAAAUUUAUGAUCCUAAUGCGAUCCAUGCCUCGAAAAAGGCAGGUGGCGACCAGCGAAGUAGGGUUUCUGAUAGUGGAAGGACGCUCCUGAAGAAUGAUGAGGCAGGCAGCUCAGGACACAAGUCGGAUCGGGAUGAUUCCCCCAGGGAGCCUCCUCCGGGGAUCCUUAAUGACAGGGAGAGGAUGGUGGCUGAGGCGAAGAUGUGGGGUGCGAACCUGCGGGAGAAGACGCGUGCUGCUGCCAAUGCACAGGGGAGCCUCGAUUCUCCAACUGAAACCGGAUAGUGGCAGUCGUCAACCUGUGGCCUUGUGUUUUCUCUCUGUCGACUGUGCUUGCUUUCGAUUGGCGGGAAAAGAUGAAUUGGGUGCUUUCCGGUGGUGUUAGAUGUGUACAUUUAUAGGGGCAAAACAAAAACAAAACAAAACAAGAGAAGAAUUGGGUGACUUUGUACUGGAUAUGGUCGUACCUGUAAAUUCUUGGAAAAUUUUGCGACGAUGGAGAACAAAUCUGAACUCGUA